UCGCCCAACUGCCCACAUACAACUCUGUGCGAUUUGGCGACACACACCAUGCCACCGCGUUACGGCAACACCCCCGCCACGAGGCUUCGAUUUGUUGGGGCUGCUUUAGCCUGCCUUACGCUGAUAUCCACUGGAGCCUCAGUAAUCGACGAAACACAUUCCCACCAGCAUUGCUCCCUGCAACGGCGUUCGAGAACGCUCCGGUCUGGUGCUCAGGCGUGGUCACGGACGCGGCCCCGACAGAGUGCUUGGACGGUUCGUGGAGGGUACAAGCACGGUAGCAGCGCCACCGCCACCAGCAGUGGCAGCAACAGCAGCAAUAGUGUGGGGCAAGGUGGGUUUCCGCCAAGCGGCGAAAACACAGCAGUAGACCGCAACAUCGAUAAGUUGGCAGCGGAUCUUCGAGCCAAGAGGGAUCACAUCGCCGCUGAUAUCCAUGCUCGUGGAGAGGCUAUUGCAGCAGAUCUCAAGGGCAAGCAGGAAAAGAUUGUGGAUGAAGUGCUCAGGGAACGCUCACCCGAGGCCUUUGGCGAGCUCGGAGGACAUGCCUCGUCUUACGAUUCAGCGACAGCGGGCAUGGACGUGGCGAAUCGGCGAUCGUUUUUCUUGGGCAUCCGGCGCGUGCUACUCCUUGUCCAGGUAGUGGAACUCCUCGCAGCAUGUAUCUGGCAAGCCGCGUUCCCCUUCGGAGGACUCGCGGGAUUCAUCACAGCAGCGUCAACGACGAACGGGGAAGGUGGCACACCAAACACUGCUGUAUUGGCUACGUUGAGGGAUAUCGUUGCGGGCGAAGCGGGAGAUGGCAGAGGGCCGUUGGGUCUGGCCUUGGCGGCAUGCUUGGCGCAAUUUUCUGUGUACACGAUGCUGCUAGUGUGGUUCGGGUGCGAUAGGGUUGUGCUGAGGGGUGUGAGGGUCACUGCGUGGGAGCACGGGGCUGCAGCGGUAUGGGCUCUUUCAAGGCUCAUGACCGGGCCUGGAGGAAAGCUGACCCACCUGCUCGCGUGUGCGUGGCUGGCGGGAAUGGCCUUCUUGUGCGCAUACUUCGGACGGCAGCUGUGAACAACACGCAGUCACGUAUAUGUAGAUGGAGAGGUUUGGAUGUGCCUUAAUGACGAAGAACAUCAAUGUGGGAGGGCGCCCCUGGCUAAGUUGUUUAGUUUCCGUUGCAGGGCAUAAACAUUCAGUCAAGCGGUCAAGGCGACCGCAGUGUGAAACAACGCUAGGGUGGGGUGAUUUUUGCAUGCUUUUUGCUCCAAGAAAAGAGCUGCUGAAUCAUUCCAACAAGCGAAUGCCGAUAAAGAAGCUCAUUGUGAUUUGAGGUUUCUUUCCCGUAAAAAAUCUCAAUUCGUGGUGUUGGAGGUCUGCCUGAACUUGGCCGCUUGCUCGGUGCACACAAGCCGCUCGGUAAACUUGGCAAAGAAAGUUUGAAUCCUUCCGCGAGCAAUGUGUAAGUAUCAGACGAUUCAAUAGCCCGACUCGUACCGCUUGCGUUUCUUCACUCCGGUGCGACCGACUGAAGGAGAUUCCU